UGCAAACGGUCACACUGUUUCAGACUUUCAUCUCGCGUUCGUGCAUUUUCGCAUUCCUCGUCGUUUUUUAGUUGCGGCGUGCGGCGAAAAAUCGAGAAAAGUAGAAGAGCCAGUCAAAAACUUUUCCCCCAAAACAUUUCUCACUGCUGUCUAAAUCGGCGUGCGUCUUUUUUGUUAAGUGCAAACAGUGCAACAUUUCACCAGGCAGAGAAAACAAAACACGGAAUAAAACGGAAGCAACAAGCCAAAGCGGACAGGCAAAAAACCCGAAGUACGCCAGAAAAAGAGAAGAAGCAUUUACAACAACACAACAACAAAAAUUCGAGUGAGUGAGCAGAGUGCAGAUCCCGCCAUCAAAAUGAGCAAGAAGCCGACAGCCGGACCGGCGCUCCACAAGGUCAUUAUGGUGGGCAGCGGCGGUGUGGGAAAAUCCGCCCUCACAUUGCAGUUUAUGUACGAUGAGUUUGUUGAGGACUAUGAGCCCACCAAGGCCGAUAGUUAUAGGAAAAAGGUUGUGCUAGAUGGCGAAGAAGUACAAAUAGAUAUAUUGGAUACGGCUGGCCAGGAGGAUUAUGCCGCAAUCAGAGAUAAUUAUUUUCGCAGCGGCGAGGGAUUCCUCUGCGUCUUUUCCAUCACAGACGAUGAAAGCUUCCAGGCUACCCAGGAAUUCAGAGAACAAAUAUUGCGAGUGAAGAAUGAUGAGAGCAUACCGUUCCUGCUGGUGGGCAACAAAUGCGAUCUGAAUGAUAAACGCAAGGUGCCGCUGAGCGAAUGCCAAUCGAGGGCAGGACAGUGGGCGGUGCCCUAUGUGGAGACAUCGGCAAAGACGCGUGAGAAUGUCGACAAGGUAUUUUAUGAUCUAAUCAGGGAUAUUUCAUCGCGUAAAAAACAACGUCAGACGGACGUGAAACAGCCGCCGAAGCCCAAUUCUCAUUGCUGCCAACUGCUGUAGGAUGGAUACAACAACACCAACAACAACAACAACAACAUAACACCAACAAACAAGGACACUUGCAGGAUAAAUAUAAAAAAACACCAACUGCAGCAGCAAAAAAACAUCUAGCGACAACAACAACGGCCACACGGAUAACAACAAACAGAUGAUUAUAAAAUAAAACAAAAAGAAAAGAAAAAUUAAAAAAAAAUACAUAGAAAGAAAGAGGAAAGAAGUACGAAAUGUUAAUAAAUAAUUAACUUAGAGUGCGCCAGAUCAUAAACACACUCACACGCAGAGAGAAUAUCAAAAUUAUAUAUUUGCCACCCAACAAAACAAAAAUAAAAAACUCUUCAACUUGCACACACUUAAUCCAAGAAUUAAAAAUUGCAUUGUAAUAUAAAUAAAUAUAUAUGUUAUU